GCCAGCUGAUGCUCCUCAGUGGCUCAACAACCAGGGCGAUGGUUGGUUAUCUCGCUCUUCUCUCCUCACAGUGACACGCUGCGUCUUCAUUCUGUAUAUUUCGUGUGAAAUUUCUUCGACUUUAUAGAAAGAUGAAUGCGCCGGUGAGGUAUUCUAGAGCCAUCAGUGAUAAUAGAGUUGCUUUGCAGAACUUCCCAAAAUGCGCUGAAUAGGCCCUGUCAAAUUGUGAUUUUCCACCAAUUGCCAAGAAAAGUGAUCAACUUCAGCUAAAUUUUAUGUGCCAAAGGCCACGUGUUGUAGUAAAAUAUACGGACUUUGUGUGGCUAAUAAAAACCACUGUUAAUAGCAUAGCAAGUUUCCUGUACCUGGGGUGGAACUGUUUACACCCAAUAACGUCAAAAUUAAUUAAAAAAAAAAAAUUCGAAUCCGGUGGUAGUUAUGCUGAAGCCUUGAAAGGUCAAAACAGGCAUUUAUAUAAAUAUAUAAACCAGAUUCAUAGGUUUUUUGAUAAAUGAUUCAUCCGUAGCCUCGAAUUGAACAUCUUUUUCUCAAGUGUGAAGAUAAUCUUAUUAACCGGUUGGAAGGUAAUCUGAUAAACCGGUUGGAAGAUGGAGAGCGUUGUGAACGGUGAUGGUGGAGGGGAGUGUGACCUCAAGCUAAAGCUGACCAGCUCUGACACCACCUCUACACUGGUCUCCCCCACCACACCCCCGUCUGAGCCACACUACCCACUUAUGGAAGCCACAUCUGCUGUCUCCUACACCACUGGAGACACGAUACCGUCGGGGGCGGUGCGAGUGUACAAGAUCCGCUGGGUGAUCCUCUUUCUUUUCGUGUUAUACUCCAUGUCGAACGCCUUCCAGUGGAUCCAGUACUCCAUCAUCAACAACAUCAUCGUGCGCUACUAUGGAGUGAAGCCUACUAUGGUGGACUGGCUCUCCAUGAUCUACAUGGUCACAUACAUCCCUCUCAUCUUCCCAGCAUCGUGGUACCUGGAGAAGAAGGGUUUGCGCAUGGCUGUGUUGAUCGGGUCAUGUGGAACAAUGAUUGGGUCGUGGGUGAAGGUGGGCUCAGUGUCCACUGACAGGUUCUGGGUGACCUUCCUGGGUCAGUGUAUCACAGCUGUGUCACAGAUCUUCAUCCUGGGCAUCCCCCCGAGGCUGGCCGCCGUCUGGUUCGGCCACGACCAGGUAUCAACGGCAUGUGCCAUCGGCGUCUUCGGUAACCAGCUGGGAGUAGCACUGGGGUUCCUGCUGCCACCAGCCAUCGUGCCAGACGUUGAUGACAUGGAUGUAAUUGGAUACUGGCUCUCCGUCAUGUUCUAUGGUAUCGCUGGGCUCACCACUGCUCUCUUCGUUGCCAUCAUUUUCAUAUUCAAAGAGAAACCCCCUACUCCUCCAAGCACAGCUGCUCUCAUUCAAGAAGAGGCAGGAUCCUACUUUCAAGGUGUUCUCAGGUUGAUGAAAAACCCCGGCUAUAUUUUAUUACUGCUUUCAUACGGGAUGAAUGUGGGUGCCUUCUAUGCCAUCUCCACGCUGCUCAACCAGGUCGUCCUUGUACACUUCCCAGGCGAGACAGAGAAUGCUGGGCGAAUUGGAUUGCUGAUAGUUUUGGCUGGAAUGCUGGGAUCUAUUGUGUGUGGCUUUGUCCUCGAUAAGACUGCUAAGUUCAAGCUUGUGACACUUCUGGUAUACAUCAUGUCAAUGGUGUUCAUGCUUGGCUACACCUUCGUAUUUCACCUGGAAACCUUGUGGAUGGUAUUCGUUAUGGCUGGACUAUUAGGGUUCUUCAUGACUGGUUAUCUGCCAGUUGGCUUCGAGUUUGCUGCAGAAUUGACUUACCCUGAAGCCGAGGGUACUAGCUCUGGUCUGCUCAAUGCCUCAGCCCAGUUCUUUGGUAUAUUUUGUACCAUGGCAGAUGGUCAGCUUCUCGACAGUUAUGGUGAUAUGGCAGCAAAUUUGCUUCUGGUAGCAGUGUUAUUUGUGGGGACCAUCAUGACUGCUUCCAUUCGAGAGGAUCUACGGAGGCAAGCAGCCCACAAGACAGCUAUUCAUAUAGAUAACAAUGGUCCACAAGUCUGAACAUGUGGUAUAUCCAACUAUCAGUUUAAUGUCAACAGUAUUAGUUUAUAUUUAUAAAGAAGACAUGUGCAGUGCAUGGGAAACUUUUAUUUAGGACACUUUUUGCUUAUAAGGGAAACAUGUGAUGCUCCUUGCAGAAAGUUUAUUUUGAGUUUAUGAGAAUAACCCCAGUGCAUUCCUUGAGACAGGAAUGCAUGGUGGGUGAGAAGGGGUGACAAAGUUGAAUUAAUGUGGUGUGGAUCUGGGUAUAACCAUCUGAAGUCAUUCUGUCAGUAUGCUCCUAAGACUGUUAGCUUUGAGAAGAUCAGGGAAAUCAGUAUAAUAUUCUCAUAACAUGUGCUUUAUCAGACAAAUUUAUAUCAUAAGGAAGACACAUGUGCACAUGGGACUUUUAUGUAGAUGCUUUGUGUAUACCUGAAUAAACUUACUUACUAAGUUAAUUCUACAGAAUUAUCCCAUCAGGUGACCUGACAUACUGUAUAUACGUACUACACCCGACUUAACUACACGUGCGUAUAAUAUUUGCCAGGACAGUGUCCUGGCAUGGGCUUUAAUCUUUAUAUGACCCAUAGCUAAACUACACCUGAUCUUCAUUCAACUGUGGUUCGUAAGUCGGUUUACAUGCAGCCAGCAGUAACAGCCUGGUUGAUCAGGCCCUGAUCCACCAUGAGGCCUGGCCACGGACUGGGCUGCAGGGGCAUUGAUCCCCUAAACCCUCUCCAGGUAUAUUCCAAGUAACUAUAUAUUCUGUGAUUAUGUCCAGUACUCUUUGUUGGACUGAAGAUACCUCGGGUGUGCAGUGCAUCUAAAUGAAGGUUCUCCAUAUGUUGCACAUGUGUCUUCUUUAUAUUUUUUUUGGUACUAGAUACCUUGUGUGACAGUAUCAUGUUUUAGUGGUAACAUUAAGCAAAUCUAAAAUAGAUCAUGUACCAGUUUAUGCAUGCAGAAUAAAUCUGACUAUUUAUGUAAAUUUUGAAUAAAUAUAUAAACAAGUUGUGUAAUGCUUAAAACGAGUGCAAAUAUAAAACAUAUGACUGGGCAGCUAUUUUUGUAAAAUCUUAACAUUUGUCCACAUUUUAUAUUGUUCUUAUCAGCUACACAACAUUUAAUGUCUAUUAUUUUAUCUUGUUAGUAAACCUCAGAUCCAGCAAGUACAGUAAUUUAUUCCACAGUUACACAGUCAUUUUUAAAUAAUAUUGCAAGGAAAAAAUUCUUUUGUAAAUGGAAACAAAGUUUACUAAUGAGGAAUAAAUUUUAAAUAAUCAUUAAAAAAUUGUCAAAUCGUAUCUGGUCUUCAGAAUUUUUAAGAAAAAUAAUAACCUACUGACCAGAUGUAAAAGUUUUUUGUUUCUUUUGAGGCUUUUCCUGUGAAUUUAAAAUAGCUAGUUACCAAAAAUAUGAAGAUACCAGUACAUCAAAUAUCAUUGUUGUAAAAUAGCUGAGUUUCUAGAGCAUCUCCAAUUAGCCAAGUAUGUUUGUAUAUACUAUAGUACCUUUUACUUUACAAUGUAUAAUAAUGAAGUUAUACAGAAACAUGAAGUUGUUGUUAUUAACUAUUGGUGACAAUAUUAUAUGCUCUCUGACUAAUUAAGCCACAGAGCUUGCCUGACUCUGGACUUCCAAUUGUACCAAAAGAUGGUGAUAUGAAAAUGUGCAUUAUAACUUCUUGAUUUUCUAUUUCCCGAGAGAUGGGGGUCUCCAUCCAUGUAGAGAAUGUUUUUACUUCUUCAUCUGGUGAUAUUAGUACUAAAAUGUCAGGUUUUUAAUAGAAUUUAAUGUUUGUGGUAGAGUACCUACUUAGGUUCCUUGCAUAUGUUACAAAAAUAGAUAAUUACAGUGAUACUUUUCAUAUCCGAACUAUAUGGGCUGAGACCGAUUCGGAAACAUGGAGUUUUUGGAUGUGUGGGGGAAAAAUGGGCAUCUGUGCCAUCAUAUCGCUAUCAGCGAUGGCGUUGUAGGUUUAAAAAACAAGUCCAACGUCAUCUGGCGGUGGGACCACACACUCUGGGCUCGAAUAACGGCCUCCCAGAUUUCACGGACCACAGGACCAUAACUUUUCAAAUGGACUGUGGACAGUUGAUGCUCCCAGUACUCCAAAAGUGUUUUGACACUUACCCUUGCUACUGAAGUUUUUGGUCUUGGAAGCAUUGGGUCAUUGUCAUUGUCAUCGUCACGUUUGGAAUGUUCCAGGUGCAACACUGAUUCUGCAGUCUCUGCAUCCGUCAGAGAUUGCACACCAGGGUCAUCUUUGCCACACUAGUCAGUCCUGCACAUUGUCUUCUGUAGUAUUUUUCCCAGCCUCCCACCAGUCUGCAUCCACAUGUGACAAUAUUUCCCUCAUUUUUUUCUAGAGUAAGCACAUUCCUGGCCCUCUUUGGUGUCAUACACAAGAUACCUUGGACAAAACACAGCUGUAAUAAUCCUAAAAAGAAGGCAAAGAGCACGGUCCUAGUGGCCAACCUGUACACUAAAGUGCACCCCAAGUUUGAGUCAGCCUUUUGCUAUAUCUGAAUGGCUGUUUGGAUGUUCCAGUAAUAAUUUUAGAAUUUUGCCCUUUCCCAGGGCCUAUUCGGAUAUUGGCGAGGUUCGGAUAAUGGCAGGCUGAAUAUGUGAGGUGUCACUGUACUUAUAUAGUACUGUAGCCAUAAGCAAGAGAAAAUCAUAUAGAGGGGAUAAAGGUAUAUGAUAAGAGUUGUGUAUAGAUGGUAGCACAGAUGAAAGAGUACCAGCAUGUCUUGAUGAAAGUGAAUGGCAUCAGACAUGGUGACAAUAAUAGAAAAAAAAAAAAAGAUCAAGUGAGGGGAAACUUGUACUACAUGAGGAAGUAUUCUAGUAAGCUCAAGUUAAGUAUUUUAUUGGAAUGAUUUUCUGGAUAGUUUGCCUAGGUGCUUUGCUUAUAAAUCGAUAAAGAUUUUACUUUGGGUGACUGUAUCAAGGAAUGCAUUUUUCGUGAAUGCAUUUUUGCGAACACUGACUUCUGCUCAGGUUGUGAUGGGAAAUUUAAUUUAAAGCAUUUGAAAUCAUAGGUAUUAUAGUUUUGGUAUAUAAAAUGCAUCAAAACAUGAUAGUGGAUGUGCCAAUGUAUGAAUGAACACAAGUAUUAUUGAAUUGUUUCUUCUUUCUGUAUUUCUAACUUUAUGCUGAAAGGAAAAGUUGCUGUAAUAUGUUAACCAAUUACAUAUAAGUGAGGAGAACAUGUCACAUAUUCCUUUAUCUGUAGCAAAUGGAAGGGCAUGUAUUAGGAAGCACAAGAUAGGAAUGUGUCCUGGAAAAUUCCCAAGAUAACUUUAUUAUAUGGGAGAGGGCAAUAACAUGGAUAGGCAUAAAAAGACAACAUGCAGAGUAAGCUUUUAUUGAGACUGUUUCCUUCAGUGUUGAGUUUCAUGAACCCUGAGCAAAAUGUACAGAUACAUGUGCAUUAAAAUGCACAGGUGAAGUGUUGCACCAAUGAAGAACACCAUUUAUGUCACAUUUUGUUGUACCAAUGAAGAACACCAUUUAUGUCACAUUGUGUUGUACCAAUAUAGUCCCAAUAAAAGCCCAUACUGCAUAUUGUCUUCAUAACCAUACCUGUCAUCAUUAUGCCUCUGCAUCCUGGCAAUAAUAUCUUGAAUACAGUAAUGUUUCUGACAGUAAUGUUUGUUUAAAUUACUGACUUUACUGUAUCUAGUUCUUGCCACUCUUGAGUCUGUGCAUCCUUCUGGCAGUUGUUCAUUAAAUACUCGCUCUCUUAAAUUACUGUGUAAUUGUAUUGUUAUAAGUACAUAUUUUUUGUUCAUAGCUCUUUUCACAAACAAGUGGAUGUAAAUAAGAGAUUUAUAUAAAAAUAUAUAGAUUAAUAUUCAUACAGUAUACAUUUCGAUUUACAUAGCAUAUGAAACAGACACACAGACUUUGAGAAUGUGUGAAUAUGUGUGGUGAUAUAUGUGAUUAUAAUUACAUGGACCAGUAUUGUCUUCCAUAUAACAAUUUGGAUAAGGAGCUCAGCAGUUGUAUACAUUUUUGCAUGUGUGUAUAAGUUGAUGUAAAAUGAAUGUGGCUUAAUUUCCUAUAAAACAUUCCAGAAGGGAGCUUCAUUGUACUCUUUUAUUAUUAAAAGAAGUUGUCUUUUGACAUUGUUCCCUUGUAUGUCUGUACUCAUUAAAACUAUAGAUUACGUAUAUAUACUUAUGGAAAACAUUAUCUUUCCUUACCUUGCCAAUGGAAAUUAAUUUGACCUGUUGUAACUUACAUUCUUCAGUUAUCUUAGAAAAUGAAUAAUAUGCAUUCUUAAGAAUCACUUCAUAGAGAAGCAAGAAAAUGAGUCAUUUCCUAAGAUGGUCCUGUGUAUUAUAAAUAUGAUGCAUCAAAUAUUUAAUAGUCAUGGGAGUGGCCCUCUUGCUGUAAUUAACCCACGAAGACUGUGAAAAUAGCUUUUCUUACAUAAAUUAAGUUUCAGAUACAGCUUCAGGUAUAUUAUUUGGAAUAUUGAGUCAUAAAUCCAGACUGAUCUAAGAUCUUUGAGUCAUGAAUCCAGACUAAGUUCUUUAGUCAUAAAUCUAGACUGAACUAAGAUCUUGCAUCAUGAAUCUAGACUGAUCUAAGAUCCUGAAUCAUGAAUCUAGACUGAUCUAAGAUCCUGUAUCAUGAAUCUAGACUAAGGUCCUGAGUCAUGAAUGUUCAACUUUUGUAUCUUAGAAUGUAUAGUAAUAUAUUCAAGGGGGAGCACUUAACUUGUAAGGAUUAGACAGCACCUGCUGAAUGAGAGGUAAUCAGGUUUGAGCCAAGGAAAGGGAUAAUAGCUCCAAUCCUUUGAAUCAAGAACCCUUCAUUAGCCCUCUCCUUGAAGGAGUCUUGAUUGUAGUGUCACGUUGACUCGAGUUAAGUAUAAUAAUAUAAGUCUUCAAGUCAUAAAUGUAAAAUACAUUUUAUUUCAGCAUUGUAGUCAUGAAUAGAUUUUUAUUUUUUUGUUUUCUUAUAUCGAGUGCAUGUAGUAAUUGUAAGUGAUAUCUUGUAUUUAUUUUUUAUAUUAAUGGUAUGCAAUACCAAAAAGUAGAUGAAUCAGAUACACAUGCAAUACAUACUUUGGUAUGCAAAACAACCACUCUGAAAGAAUAGAGAAAUUUCAAGCGCUUUCGUGACUACUCACAUAGUUCCUUGAUAAUGUGAGUAGUCACGAAAGCGCUUGGAAUUUCUCUAUUCUUUCAGAGUGGUUGUUUUGCAUAUUCUGAAAUCACCUGUUUACUGUGAUCUUAUUGCAUACUUUGGUAUGUUUAUUGUUGAAAUGUUUUCCCUGCACAGCAAGCUUCAGUCAGCAGAAGAGGUGACUAAUACACUGUAGACAGUUGAAGCAGUGAUUUUCAGAAGUUCAGUUGCCUGCUGUGUAUGUGAAAGAUUUCAAAAAUAAAGAUGCUUGAAGUGUUGUGUGUGUGUCUUAUUCAGGUAUCUGUUAUCCUUUAUGCUGUGCUGAACCUGUUUAUAUCUUGUCUGAUUACUAUAAAUUCUGCAUUGCAGUAUUUAACAUAUUUUUGUUCAACAGGUAUUUUCUGUGAAGUCAUAUGACACACUGCAUUCUUUAACAUUUGAAAUAAAGAUUGAACUUUUAUGUACAAUUGUGGUUCAUAUGUAAAAAAUAUGAAAGUUCUGUUUGUUAACUUUGAAUUUUCUGACCUCAUUUCAAGUUUAUAUAUGAUUAUAUGCACAGAUUUGUUAUUGUACAAAAUAAAAAUAUUAGUUCUCAU